CCGGUGUCAUGGCGUCAGUUGCAAAGCCAGGGCAAAAAAGGGAGCGCUAGAUGUUUGCUAGACCACUAUUUUUUGCUUCUAUUCACUGUGGACUGCUUAGAAAGAACCUGGGAGACCUCCAAACCAUGCAAUGGAGGCAGUGACCUUUGAGGAUGUGGUUGUGAACUUCAGCAAUGAGGAGUGGAUUUUGCUGAGUCCAUCCCAAAAGAACCUCUACAGAGAUGUGAUGGGUGAAAUCUUUAGGAACAUGGCUGCAAUAGGAGGACUUGGGGACAUCAAGGAAGCUGAAAAAGAAGGCAAAAUGUACUGGAGAUACUUAAGAAAUGACAAGCUAGGGAAAUCUUAUGUAUAUACAUCUUGGAAGCAGUGUAAAGAAGUAUUCCUUUGUACUGCAGAAGGUAAUGUGAAUGUGAAAGAAACAGAAACACACCACGAUGUUCAGAUCCAUGAAAAAUAUUGCAGUGGAGGGAAACCCUAUGUAUGUCAGCAGUGUGGAAAAGGUUUCACCAAAUCUGGACAUUGUAAGCAACAUGAAAGAAUUCACACUGGAGAGAAACCAUAUGUAUGUAAGCAAUGUGGGAAAGCUUUUACCAGACCUGAUUGUUGUAAGCAACAUGAAAGAAUUCACACUGGAGAGAAACCCUAUGUAUGUAAGCAAUGUGGGAAAGCUUUUAAAACACGGGGAGCUUGUAAGGAUCAUGAAAGAAUUCACACUCGAGAGAAACCCUAUGUAUGUAAGGAAUGUGGGAAAGCUUUUAAAACACAGGGAGAUUGUAAGAAACAUGAAAGAAUUCACACUGAAGAGAAACCCUAUGUAUGUAAGCAAUGUGGGAAAGCUUUUACCAGACCUGAUUGUUGUAAGCAACAUGAAAGAAUUCACACUGGAGAGAAACCCUAUGUAUGUAAGCAAUGUGGGAAAGCUUUUACCAGACCUGAUUGUUGUAAGCAACAUGAAAGAAUUCACACUGGAGAGAAACCCUAUGUAUGUAAGCAAUGUGGGAAAGCUUUUAAAACACAGGGAGCUUGUAAGAAUCAUGAAAGAAUUCACACUGGAGAGAAACCCUAUGUAUGUAAGGAAUGUGGGAAAGCUUUUACCAUACCUGGAUGUUGUAAGAAACAUGAAAGAAUUCACACUGGAGAGAAACCUUAUGUAUGUAAGCAAUGUGGGAAAGCUUUUAAAACACAGGGAGAAUGUAAGAAACAUGAAAGAAUUCACACUGGAGAGAAACCAUAUGUAUGUAAGCAAUGUGGGAAAGCUUUUAACACAUGGGGAUACAGUAAGAAACAUGAAAGAAUUCACACUGGAGAGAAACCAUAUGUAUGUAAGCAAUGUGGCAAGGCUUUUAACACACAUGCAAGUUAUAAGGUUCAUGAAAGAAUUCACACUGGAGAGAAACCCUAUGUAUGUAAGGAAUGUGGGAAAGCUUUUACCAGACCUGGAUGUUGUAAGGAACAUGAAAGAAUUCACACUGGAGAGAAACCCUAUGUAUGUAAGGAAUGUGGGAAAGCUUUCACCAGACCUGAUUGUUGUAAGCAACAUGAAAGAAUUCACACUGGAGAGAAACCCUAUGUAUGUAAGCAAUGUGGGAAAGCUUUUACCAGACCUGGACAUUGUAAGGAACAUGAAAGAAUUCACACUGGAGAGAAACAAUAUGUGUGUAAGCAAUGUGGGAAAGCUUUUAAAACACAGGGAGAUUGUAAGAAACAUGAAAGUUCACAUUCAAUAUAAAACCAGUGUAUAUAGUCAUCAUAAGAAUGGUUUCAGCACAUGUACAUAUUGCAUAAUGCAUGAAAAUCUUCACACUGGGCAGAAAACUUACAUAUGUAAGGAAUGUGGAAAAGGUUUCAGCAGAAAUGCUCAUUGUACAAUACAUUAUAAAAUUUACAUGGUUGAGAAACCCUGUGUGUAUGUGAAGAAUGUGGGAAAGCUUUCACCACACAUGGAUUUUGUCAAAUACAUCUAUGACUUCACACUGGUGAGAAAGCCUAUGUAUAUAACAAUGUGGCAAAGCUUUUACUGCAUAUAGUCAUUGCAAAACACGUGAAAGAAUUCACACUGGGAAGAACCACUGGCUAUGUAAGCAAGUGGAGACACUUUCACCAGCCAGAUUGUAAGUGAAAUACAUGAAAAAACUCACACGAGAUACAUCCUAUGUGUUAUGGGAAUACUCUCAGCAUGCUUGAUCAUUGUUACAUAUCUGAAAUAGUUCACUAGGCAGAGAUGAUAUGUGGAUUAACUAUGUGAGAAAUAUAGCCAUCUUUCUUGUUAAAUACAUAGAAAAAGCAUCACUGUUCAGACAGUUUAGAUCUAAGUUUACUUUAAAAACCCCAAGGAGACCUGAAGAAAUAAUCAAUACAGAAAUUAGAUGUCAAUAUUUCUUCACAAAUAUUCCAGAAAUGACAAAUCUGAGGUGGGGCUCUCCUUAGGUGCACAUAUUGCAUUUGGUUUUCAGUUAAACACUUGUACCUCUCUAGAUUUUUUAAUCUAGUUGUUUUUGUGCUUCAACAUGGCAUCUUGUAACUAAACAUCCUAAACUGAAAUGGGCUUUUCACUUUCAAGUAUGGAUAGUGCCUCCGUACUUAAUAUUUUGUCUUUAAAACUUAAAUUUUGUAUUUUUAUGGUGAAUUUUAAUGUUGUUUAUUUAAAGAGGAAAAAAGUGUAGGAAUAAUAAAGAAUUUCAGAAAAAUAAACAAUAAGAAAUCACUAGUUGAUUAGUAUCAUAUUGUCAUCUUAGAAGUAGUUGUUCAAGUUACAAAUUUAAAGCAUACAAACUGAUAUUCAAAUAAUGACACUGUCAUGGUUCACCUCAAUGAUCCACCAAAAAGUUAUUACUAUGCCUAUCUGUCCUACACACUUUUUUUUUUCUUAAAGAGGGUAAGAUUAAACAUAGCGAAACAGAGCAAAACAGUUCAUAAGAAAACAAGUUAAGGAAACACAGAUUUCAAAGCACGCCCACUGGAAAUGUUCACUGUCUAUCUUACUGUCUCUAGUUUUCUUCCAAAUAGUUGUUCCCAUCCUCACACACAUUGAAUAUAUACUGAAGAUUAUAGAACUAAUCAAGCUUGCUUUUUCGAUCUUCAACACUGAUUUUGGCGAAGUCGAUAAUGACUACCAUAAUGUCUCUCAUUGUCUUUGUAGUAGCUGCCUUUAUCUUUAUAUAUGCUGAAAGGGAACAUAAGAGACUAGACUAAUAUCACUCUGAACAGUGAAUAAUAAUAUCCUGAGAAGGAGAAAGGUGAGGAAUUGCCUAAAAAAAGAAGGCAGAGGACAUACUUAAAAGUGUAUCAGGAUUUAAAAGCUAAAGUCUUGUUGCUCUGUUUAGUUUGGUUAUAUUUUGUUCUGGUCUGUCUACUCAUAUUAGAUUUGAGGGCACAGAGAGAUAACCCAAAAAUAGCAGUUUAUACCAUGGUAAUUAUCCUUAAUUUCCUAUUAACUAAAACUGAAUCCCUAUAUUACUUAUAUUGUCUUCUAUGACUGAUGUUCUUUGAAGCUGGAUUGUUUCAAUGUUAUUUGGCCUUGACUGAUUUUAUUCACUUUGGGUAUGCUUGCUGGUAUCAAGUUCAAGAGCAGAGGCAACUACUCUGAAGAUGACAAGGUGUAGAAGAUAUCCAUUGGUGGGCUGGGUGUUUAGCUCAGUGGCUUAAGGCACCUGCCUGGCAAGUGUGAGGUCAUGAGUUUCAUCUCCAGAGCCAAAAUAAAUAAAUAAAUAAAAGAUA